AUGAGGAUUCAUACAGAGGAGAAACUGUUUAGUUGCUCUGAGUGUGGUAAAACAUUUAACCAAAGGGGCCAUCUAAAUACACAUAUGAGGAUUCAUACAGAGGAGAAACCGUUUAGUUGCUCUGAGUGUGGUAAAACAUUUAACCGAAGGGGCCAUCUAAAUACACAUAUGAGGAUUCAUACAGGUAAGAAACCGUUUGGUUGCUCCGAGUGUGGUAAAAGAUUUGCAGAGAAGGGCCAGCUAAAUACACAUAUAAGGAUUCAUACAGGAGAGAAACCGUUUGGUUGCUCUGAGUGUGGUCAAAGAUUUAUCCAAAGGUGCGAUCUAACUGUACAUAUGAAGAUUCAUACAGGAGAGAAACCGUUUAGGUGCCGUGAGUGUGGUAAAAGAUUUAGCCGAAGGAGCAGUCUAAAUAUACAUAUGAGGUGUCAUACAGGAGAGAAACCGUUUAGGUGCCGUGAGUGUGGUAAAAGAUUUAGCCAAAGGAUCAGUCUAGAUAUACAUAGCAGGAUUCAUACAGGAGAGAAACCGUUUUUUUGCUCUGAAUGUGGUAAAAGUUUUACCCAAAGGAGCCAUCUAAAUACACAUAUGAUGAGUCAUACAGGAGAAAAACUGUUAAGUUGAUCUGAGUGUGGUAAAAGAUUUACGAUUCAGUCCUAUUGUACAAGAUAUGAGGAUUCGUAA